ACCAAUGUUGGGUUUUACCUUGGGUAAUAGAAAAAAUAUUAUCUCUUAGAACCAAGGCAGUGAAGAUUCGAAUGCGGAGAGUGUUUGCAGACUUUAUGAAAUCGGGAGAACAAAAAGAGAGGAUGAAGAUGACGAGGAGGAAGAUGAAGAUGGUGAUGACAUGGUCAGUGUUCACAAAAACCCUUUCAUGACAAGCGUCGAAGUUCUCCUUGUAUUUUUCAGGUAGUUGUAUUAUCCAAAGCUUUCUGUGUUAAAUCUGGUCUUUGUUUUUGUUUGCAGGAAAGCGGUGACGACGACGAUGACGACGAUCUCGCCGACUUUAUCGUAGAAGAUGACGAGACAGAGAACUUCGAGUUUCAAGAUUCCCUGGAAGAAUUGUUCCGACGAGAUUUUGAUGAACAUUUUAAUAACAAUAGAGUCGAUAUUGAUGAUCACAUGGACGAUGAUGAUAAUGAUGAUGAUGAUGAUGACGAUGAUGAUGACGAUGAUGAUGAUAGUGACAGUGAUUUUGAUGAUGAUGUACGAUUCUUUUUGGCAAAUUCAAGCGAUUCCUCAGAUGCAACCGAUUCUGAAAUGUCAGAAUGAUGUGUCUUGUGAUAAUAGAAAAUGAUUUGAAGGAACGUUCUCUUUACAUAAGCAGGAAAUGUUUACAGCACUUGUAAAGUUUAGAUGAGCAUUUGAAUUCAAAAUAUGAACAAACUCAGGACUAUAAGUUGUCUUUUUUGGGCCAACCCCUCAGUCAGAGUGAGGCAACACUCUCUCCUUAAGUUUUCGUCCAUGGAUCUACGCAAACUUAGGCAGCAGCUCUAAUACUACAAGCUGAUAGUGGAGGUAAUUGUGCCUGGAAGCUGUAAAUGAACGCAUGAAUUAUCCCACAUCGUUUGUGUCAUGAAAUGCAGUAGUCUCGUGAUCUGCUAUCUUACCAAGCUUAAGGUUGUCUCUUAAUAUCUUUAGCUCGUUGUAAAAAUGAAGCUUGUCACUCUUCCUGGGGUAUGUCAUGGUUCGUGCCGAUGAAGAAGGCAUGACGUAGAUCACCUAAAAAAAAAUAAAAAACUUGAGUAAAAUAACGC